GUUCCCCCAGCUGUUCCCUUCACGUCGCAGAGACAGGAAACGAAUCCAUUCCAAGAGUGUUUUGAUAAUACUAAUAAUAAUUACACGUUCAUUCUGUCGACAUGCAGGCUCCACACUAAGCUCGACGAGACACGUUUUCUGAGGACAGUGGUACAAUGAGGCCCCUUAAAGACGCCCAGCUGGGGGCCUUCACCUUCUUUGCCUCAGCUCUUCCACAUGAUGUCUGUGGGAGCAAUGGUCUUCCUCUCACCCCAAACUCCAUCAAAAUCCUGGGACGUUUCCAGAUUCUCAAGACCAUCACUCACCCCAGACUGUGCCAGUAUGUGGACAUUUCAAGAGGGAAACACGAGCGCCUGAUUGUCGUUGCUGAACACUAUGAGAGCAGCUUAAGUGAUUUCCAAAAACAGGGAAAAACCAGCCCACAGAGGGUGCUGCAAAUAGCCUAUGAGGUACUGGAAGGGCUGGAAUUUAUGAACAAACACAACUUGGUGCACAGAGCCCUCGGCGCCCACAAUGUGCUCAUGGACUGUAAGGGAAAUGUCAAGCUGGCCAAGUUUGGCUUUUAUCACAUGACUGACCAUGGGGCAGAUGUGGAUUUUCCCAUUGGGUACCCGUCCUACCUCGCUCCAGAAGUGAUCGCCCAGGGCUCUUUCCACCACAGCGAUCCUUUCCGUGAUGAAGCUCCUCUGCCCUCAGGACCCAAGACUGAUGUCUGGUCUCUGGGGGUGUUGCUGUUUGAACUGUGUGCCGGCAGACGACUCCUGCAGAAUAUCGACAUAAGUGAGAAAUUGAAAUUCAUAUUAACCUUGGGCUGCAUGGAUGACAUUGUCACCGUUCUCGCUGAGGAGCAUGGUUGCCUGGAUACCAUUAAGGAGCUGCCUGAGAAUGUCCUGCAGUUAUUAAGGAAAUGCUUGACCUUUCUUCCAUCUAAAAGGCCGACCCCUGCCGAUCUCCUGGAAGACCAUGUGUUUAAUGGCGUCUCCUGCCACUAUACACCCUUUCAGAAGCCUGUCAGCCUGUUCUCCUCUUCCCUGCGCUGCGCACAUCUGGAGCUCCCAGACGACAUCAGCGACCUUUGCAAAGCAGACGACGAUGAGGACUACUUGUCGGAGCGGGCCAUUGAUGAGGUGUACCACCUGUGGUGUCUGGCUGGCGGAGACCUGGAGAAGGAACUCACCAACAAGGAAAUCAUCCAGUCUAAACCUCCAAUCUGCACACUGCCCAAUUUUGUCCUGGAGGACGGGGAGUCGUUCGGCCAGGGCAGGGAUCGGAGUUUCUUGCUGGACGACACUACAGUUACGCUGUCACUGUGCCAGCUCAGAAAUAGACUGAAGGAUGUAGCAGGUGAAGCCUAUUACCCUCUGCUGGAAGACGAGCAGUCAAGUCUGCCCCAGUCCAACAGCAGCAACGAGCUGUCGGCCACCGUCACGCUGCCACUCAUCAUCCGUGAGAGAGACACCGAGUACCAGCUCAUCCGCAUCAUCCUCUUCGACAGACUGCUCAAGGCCUACCCUUACAAGAAGAACCUGGUGUGGAAAGAGGCCAGGGUGGAUAUACCUCCUCUCGUUCGAGGCCUGGUGUGGGCGGCACUGCUGGGCAUUGAGGGCGACAUUCAAGCUAAAUACGAAAGCAUAGACAAGGAUACUCCCAUACCAACCGACAGACAGAUUGAGGUGGACAUACCGCGCUGCCACCAGUACGACGAGCUGCUGUCAUCUCCCCAGGGCCACAUCAAGUUCAGACGUGUGCUGAAAGCCUGGGUGGUUUCCCACCCUGACCUGGUCUACUGGCAGGGUUUGGAUUCUCUCUGUGCCCCGUUCCUGUAUUUGAAUUUCAACAACGAGGCUUUGGCGUACGCCUGCAUGUCUGCCUUCAUCCCCAAGUACCUGUACAACUUUUUCCUAAAGGACAACUCUCAUGUCAUCCAAGAGUACUUGACUGUCUUCUCUCAAAUGAUCGCCUUCCAUGAUCCAGAGCUGAGCAACCACCUAAAUGAGAUUGGCUUCAUUCCAGAUCUUUAUGCCAUCCCCUGGUUCCUAACCAUGUUCACACAUGUGUUUCCGCUGCACAAGAUCUUCCACCUGUGGGACACGCUGCUGCUGGGAAACUCGUCGUUCCCCUUCUGUAUUGGGGUGGCCAUAUUGCAGCAACUCAGAGACCGUCUCUUGGCUAAUGGCUUCAAUGAAUGCAUCCUACUCUUCUCUGACCUGCCAGAGAUUGACAUUGAACGCUGCGUCCGUGAAUCCAUCAGCCUCUUCUGCUGGACCCCAAAGAGCGCCACCUACCGACAGCAUGCUCAGCCGCCAAAGGUCCCCGGCGACAAUGGAUUCGGGAAAACUGCAACGUACUACCAGGAUAUGACCAAGACAGACCUGUCCCGGGAGCCUCUGGCACUGUGUGACCUGAAAGCAGAAGUGUCCCCCAGGAUCUCGGCUGAGGACUUAAUCGACCUCUGUGAACUGUCACUGGCCGGACCCUCCAAAAGGAACAAAGCUGGCAAGCCCAAAAUUGUUGCAGUGGAUAUACGCAGUGUAGAAGACUUCAGCAGAGGCCAUAUUUCUGGCAGCAUCAACGUUCCCUUCAACACAGCAUUCGGUCCUGAUGGCGAGCUGCUGCAGUGUCCCGCAACAGGAGCGCUCCAGAACUACAGAGGACGUGUCAUUGUGGUCAUCAGCCAUGCCAUGAAGAGUGCUGUGAUGUUUGCUGCACAUUUGAUCAAGGUGAACUUUCUUCGGGUUUGCGUCCUCGACGGAGGGAUCAACAAGCUGAAGCCCACCGGACUCCUGACGGUCCCCUCCCCACAGAUCUGACCGCGCGCUUCAUGUUCACUUUGAUGCCAGGUACAGAUGAAAAGAUGAAAAGACUGAAAAUCAUAUUUUGAGUGGAUGAUAAUGAUGCAACAAGAAUGAUGGAAUCUGUUUUACUAGAACCUCUGUUAUGUGCUGUUGUAGCUUUGCACUGAAAGAUUAAGCUGCCUGUGACCAAUGUGUUUGUGUGAGAAACAAUGAAAAAAUAACAGCAAUGUGUAUUUGUUGAUUCCAUGACUGACUUUGACUUUUUGUAAGUUAACGCUGCACACUGAUCUGUUUAUUUGCCAUGCCAUACAUUUUGGUUACUACCAUGUUACAGCUUUGUAAAAUUAAAUCUGAAAACACUG